AGCAGCCCGUAUAGUGAUGCUGCUGCACCUGUCUUCAGCGCUCUCUUCUGAAUCAUCACGGAUGUUGAAUGGAAUAUUUUGACGUCAAUUAUUUCUAAUUGGUCUUAAAAGUUCUAAGAACGCCGACGGUCAAUAUUAGAUGACGCGUCAUUUUGCGAGCAUGUGGUUUUCUUCUGACUGACGCGUAUCGCCUGCGGUAUUUUAGUACCACCAGUAUUUUUGAAAGUGGACAGAAAAGCAUGGACUAAUUGUUGUGAUUAUUUUCCAUUCAUGAUGGGACUAUUCAAACUUUAUUUUUUGUACAGUAUAUUUGCCAUCUUCCCAGCUCUAGGCUUUGGGGUCGACCCUGCCCUCCACAUCAACGUAUUCGAUGAACUGAAGUUGGGAGAGUCUCACGCUGGAGUUUUUCAAGUUCAGGGGUUCCACAAUGAGAGCAGAGCCUUUCUUUUCCAAGACUCAUGGAGGAACGUGAGGGUGAAGGAGGAUGUAGCAGAGGUGAUGCUCCAGAAGCUGAGAGACAAGACAGAGUUCACUGUGCUGGCCACUCUGAAGCAGGAGAGACUCAACUCUGGAGUCCUGCUCUCCAUACACUAUGCAGAGCACAGGUAUCUGGAGUUGGAGAGCAGUGGGCAGCGUAAUGAGAUCCGUCUCCACUACCGUACCAGGGACCAGCGACAACACACUGAGGUGUUCCCCUACUCCCUGGCAGACGCCCAUUGGCACAAGCUGUCUGUGGCCGUCAGUAUCUCCCACGUGGUGCUGCACGUCGACUGUAACAGGAUCUAUGAGAGGGUGAUAGAGAAUCCGUCUAUGGACAUUCCCUCUGAUACCACUGUCUGGCUCGGACAGAGGAACCAGGCCCAUGGAUACUUCAAGGGUAUAAUGCAGGAUGUUCAGCUGGUCGUCAUGCCUCAAGGCUACAUCUCCCAGUGUCCAGACCUCAACCGCACUUGCCCCACCUGCAAUGACUUCCAUGGGCUGGUACAGAAGAUCAUGGAGCUGCAGGAUGUCUUAGCCAAGACCUCCAGCAAGCUGUCGCGUGCGGAGGAGAAGAUGCAGGGUCUGGAUGGUUGUUACUGUGAGAGGAGCUGCAGUAUGAAUGGAGUGCUGUACAGGGAGGACGAGGGAUGGACAGACGGAUGCAGGAACUGUUCCUGCUAUAAUGGUACAGUCCAGUGUGAGAGCAUCUCGUGCCCCCCUCCCCAGUGUCCCCCUGACUCCGCCCCUGCCUAUGUGCCAGGCACGUGCUGCAAAGAGUGUCAGCCUGUGUGUCUGUUCAGAGGAAGGGUGUAUGUGGAAGGGGACUUGAAGAGUGUGAGGGAUUCAUCUGGAAACUGUUUACUGUUUGAGUGUCAGGAGCACAGUAUGCAGAGGGUGGAGAACGCUCCCUGUCCUGAACUGACCUGCCCCGAGUCUGAACACAUCACCCUUACAGACCGCUGCUGCAAGGUCUGCAGAGGUCAUCAUUUCUGUGUGGAGGGCCCCAGUCCCAGCUGUGUGGAGAACUCGGAAUGUGUGAAUCUGGAGGCUGGGUCCUGCUGCAGCUGUAAAGAUGGCUACAGCGCCCUGAGGGAUGACAGCGCGUACUGUGGAGAUAUUGAUGAGUGUGCUGAGGGGAAGCACUACUGCAGAGAGAACACCAUGUGUGUCAAUACUCCAGGAUCCUUCAUGUGCAUCUGCCACACUGGAUACAUCCGGAUCGAUGACUAUUCCUGCACAGAGCAUGAUGAGUGUACGACAGGUCUUCACAGCUGUGAUGAGCAUGCCAUCUGUUUCAACACGGUGGGGGGCCACAGCUGCUCCUGUAAACCAGGCUAUGUAGGCAACGGGACAGUCUGCAGAGCUUUGUGUGAUGGUUUGUGCCAGAACGGAGGAUCCUGUGUAAACCCGGACACCUGUAUCUGUCAGCAGGGGUUCACUGGGAAGAGAUGUGAGACAGGUAAGAACACAGGUGGGGAAGGAAGAGGGAUUCAGGGGUAG